GGAGCAGGGCAGAGAGGCGCGUCACCAGGCUCUCGGGAUGUGGGAGGUGAUGGAGUCGGGAUACGGGGCGUGCAGAACUAGCUGGAGACAGAGCUUCGGGGAUGGGGUUCCCCAGGUGAGGUGCCAGGUGUCCACCAUCAGAGGGGACAUGGUGGGGGAACUCAUCCUGGCUGGGAAUGGCAGCUGUGUCCCCCCUGAGCCAGAAGCAGUGAGUGUGAGUGCUGCAGCAGCCUGUGCUGGGGGGACAUGCAGGACAUCCUGCUCAGAGCCAGAGCACUUCCCUCGCAGCCAUUUGCCCAGCCCAGCCUCUCGCAGUGAGGAUUCCCACCCUGCCACUGAGGCCUGGGCUUGGGCCAGAGCAUGGCUGAGCAUCCCUGCCCAGAAAGGGCGGCGUGAAUGGACUUCGGCAGCUUGGCACAAGGAAACCAUGUGGGAUUGCUUAAUAACCUGCUCACGGCCCUUCACCCGUCCUUGCAGGGUUAAUGAGUAAAAAGAUUCAUUGUUUUCUGCCAAGGCAGCAGCUGGGCUGUUAUUCCUUCCCCAAGAGCAGCAGUGGCAUCAACUGGGCCAUGGAACCAAGCAGAGGCAGAGCUGCUGCCUCUCAGGGCCUCUCAGCUCCACAAGAUGCUUCAGUCAGGGUUUGGGGCAGGACUCUGACCUGCUGGGGUUUUGCCCAAGGGAAAGCAGGCAAGAGGUUUAAGCGUGCUGGGUAUCGCAGUGCGUGUUAAAAUUGAGAUCUGUGGGUUUGAGCACUUCACUGCCCUUGAAAAUAAAGAUCAGGCACUGCUGAGCUGGGCAGGGGAGCUCAGGGAGGGGUGGUGAUGGGAGAGUAUCAGACAUUAUCAAAGCACUGUAAUUAACAAACUGAUCUUAAAUCAGCAGGGGAAGCCUGAGGGUUGUGUGUGUUUUCCUCACCCAGCCAUGGCUGUCCUCAGGGAAUACGUGGGAUGGCAGCAGGCAGCACACAGGGAGAUGAGGAGGCACCCAGCCCUGCUGCCAUCCCACAGACUCCCCUCUCCCCUGGCAGGUGAUUCAGACCCAGCAGCAGCACCAUGGCGAGCUCAACACAGGGCCUCCCCAGCGCCGAGCUCUGGGCCUCCCAUAGCAAGAUGGUGAUGGAGCCACUGGACACCAACGACCCGGAGGUGCACAGCAUCAUCAAGAAGGAGAAGCAGCGGCAGAGGCUGGGGCUGGAGUUAAUUGCAUCGGAGAACUUUGCGAGCCGAGCGGUCCUGGAGGCCCUGGGAUCCUGCAUGAACAACAAAUACUCUGAGGGUUACCCAGGACAGAGGUACUACGGCGGGACGGAGUUUGUGGACGAGCUGGAAAGGCUGUGCCAGAAGCGAGCCCUGCAGGCCUACCGGCUCGACCCCCAGAAGUGGGGAGUCAAUGUCCAGCCCUACUCAGGGUCACCCGCAAACUUUGCGGUGUACACGGCCCUGGUGGAGCCCCACGGCAGGAUCAUGGGGCUGGACCUGCCCGAUGGUGGCCACCUCACCCACGGGUUCAUGACGGACAAGAAGAAGAUCUCUGCCACCUCUGUCUUCUUCGAGUCCAUGCCCUACAAGGUCAACCCCAAGACUGGUUACAUCGACUAUGACCGGCUGGAGGAGAACGCCCGGCUCUUCCACCCCAAGCUGAUCGUAGCAGGCGUCAGCUGCUACUCGCGGAACCUGGACUACGCCCGCAUGCGGAAGAUCGCCGAUGACAACGGGGCGUAUCUCAUGGCCGACAUGGCCCACAUCAGCGGGCUGGUGGCCGCCGGCGUGGUGCCCUCGCCCUUCGAACACUGCGACAUCGUCUCCACCACCACCCACAAGACCCUGCGGGGCUGCAGGGCCGGCAUGAUCUUCUACCGCAAAGGAACCCGCAGCGUGGACCCCAAGACAGGCAAGGAGACCCUCUACAACCUGGAGAGCCUCAUCAACCAGGCGGUGUUCCCGGGGCUGCAGGGAGGCCCACACAACCACGCCAUUGCAGGGAUCGCUGUGGCGCUGCACCAGGCCAUGACACCCGAGUUCAAGGCUUACCAGCAGCAGGUGGUGGCCAACUGCAAGGCACUCUCAUCAGCACUGAUGGAGAUGGGCUACGACAUCGUCACAGGGGGCUCUGACAACCACCUGAUCCUGGUGGAUCUGCGCAGCAAAGGCACGGACGGCGGCCGGGCCGAGCGGGUGCUGGAGCUCUGCUCCAUCGCCUGCAACAAGAACACGUGUCCUGGUGAUGUCAGUGCCCUGCGCCCCAGCGGCCUCCGGUUCGGGACGCCGGCUCUCACCUCGCGCGGCUUCCGGCAGGACGACUUCCGAAAGGUGGCCCAGUACAUCCACAGAGGGAUUGAGCUGGCUCUGCGUGUGCAGAAGGAAAUGAGCCCCAAGGCCACGCUGAAGGAAUUCAAGGACAAAUUGGAGGACCCAAAAUACCGUGGGGAGCUGAAGGCACUGAAGGAAGAGGUAGAAGCCUUUGCAGCCACGUUCCCACUCCCGGGGCUGCCUGUCCUGUAAGGGGACACAUCCGUGCCCGCUCCUGAAGCCAUGGGAGUACCCGGGGCACGCUCACAAUCCCCAGCCUGAGACCAACACCCCAGUGCCUUCUCCCAGCACUUCCCUGUGGAACUGCAGCAGCAGCUCCUCCUUUGGCUCUUACUCCCCUUUUCCCUCCCACGUGGGGCACAGGGACCCCACGAGUACAAGCCCUGUGGGGACACCAGCCCUUCAGCACUGUGUCACCCUCACCUCAUGGCCCGGUGCCAUCCGGCUCCUGCUGGCUGUGGAGCAGCAGAUGAGAUUUCGGCUGGUCUGUCCACAUUCCCUGGACACCCUGCCCAUGGCAGUGUGAGGGACGGGGCUCCAGCUGCACAAGAAACCUCACAGCCCCGAGAAGUGCCCCUGGUUUCAGCCUCAAAGAUUUCUCUUCAUCCAAUGUGCCUUGCCACCUCCACAGGCUAUGACAAGGCAAAGCCUUGUCCUGAACAUCCCUCCUGGGAUCACCAUCUCAUCCUAACCAGAUCCUACAAUAUUUUCUCAAACCCCUUGGCACAAAGCUUAGGUUGGACCAUUUUUUAAUAAGCACGGUAAAAUUAAGAAUUUAACCACCAAGAAUUAUAGGCUUUAAAAAAUACGACCAAUUUUUUUUUUUUUUUUUUGUAUUUCAAAAAUAUCUGAACCCAAAUAAAUAUUUUUUUUUUUAAAAUUACAUUUCUCAGACUAGUCAUUUGGUGUUAACAUCUGUUAAACUCUUGUGCAGUAACACUUACAGCACGACACUAAGACAUGCUUCUUGGAUUUCUCCCGGUCACACUCGCCCUAACUACUGACGCAAGCAUUCAGCACGCACAGGCACACACACGGAACUCAACAUGCAGGAAUAGGAUACAGUGCUUUUAAAAUGAGAAUUCAUCACAGCCUCCUGGCAGCCCUCAGAGGCAGCUCCGAGCCCAGCCCCAUCCCCGUGCCAGCGGCUGUGCCAGCGGCAGGACCGGGUACCCUGCUUCUGCCUUCCAGUUAACUCUGAUUCGGGGAGCAGUGGGGUGGGGGGUUUGUGACCCCUCCAACAUCGGGGUGCAGUUUGGUGCUCUGACAUUGUGCUCUGAGGCAGGUGUUCUCCUGCAGCCUGGGCAGCUCCCUGGAUUCCCUCAGAUGCUGUUACAGGAGCCUUCUCACUGUGCUGCUACAAGCCCCGGGUCCUGCCCAGCUCCCGGAAUCUGCAGCGUGGGCUGGCCCCCACCCCCAGACCAGGGGGCUCAGGAGCCUCACGCUCAAUAAAACCCGAAGAACUGGUCUGGAGGCACCCAGCCAUCAGCUCCCACCCCUGGAGUGCCUCUCCCACCACGGUGAAUAUUGCUAGAGUAUAAGCAGCUCCUGCCUGCCGAGGCAAGGCAGCUGUGGAGCUGCUCAGAAGUGAUUGCUAUCAGAUGAAAGGAAAUCUGAGCACUGUUCUCUGAGAAAUGAAACCUUUGUAGGGUUAAGAUCACCUACAGCUAUGGCUGAGCCUCCUGGGGUGGGAGCUGGAAGCAGCAGGUUAGUGGAGAGCAGAGCAGGGGCUGGCAGCUGGGAAGAGCAGGAGUGGCAAACAGGAGCCCUCUGUCCUGGCCAGGAGAGGCUCCUGCUCUGGGGAAUUCUCGGUCAGGUCGAACACCUCCUCUUGCUGGCAGCAAGGAGGGAGCCAGCGCGGCCGUGCGGGAGCGGGGACAUGCUGGGCUGGCAGCACUCACGGAAGCAGGGGAUGGCCAUGCAGGGCACCACUGGCUCUGGCAGCUGAAAGGCUGGUGAGGAUGGCACUGCCACUGCCAGGAACCUGCCCUGCUCCUCGUGGAAGGAUGGCCCAGGCAGGACAACACACGUGCCAGAACUCAUGGCAGGAGAUACCAGUGCAAAGGUUGUGGCUUGUUGCUAGUCUGUGAGUAUCAGAAACUGGAGACAGGGGAAAGUCCUAAAGUGCCAAUACAGGGAUCUGUACUGUACAGGAGCAGAACAACAGAGACAGAGAUAAUACAGAGGAAAGAGGAAUUCAGCUCCCAAACACCAGCUGUGCUCGGAAUCCCCCCAGUUUCUGCCACCACAAGCACAGAGGGCUCCAAAUGCACAGACCAGUGUUAACGCCUCCUUUGCAGUCCAAGUUCAGAGGUUACACUGCUGAGAGGGGGACAAGCACUCCAGGGUGUGUUUCUCCACUGCUCCCAGCUGCAGAUAAUCCCAGAGCUCCCGUUGGGAAUUGGGUAAUGUUCCAGCCAAGCUCCCCAGUCAGAGCUGCUUUGUGGCAGAGAGGUGAAGCAGGUCAUACAGGUGGUAGUGCAAGUAUUGCUCAACACGGCCUUGAAAAUCAGAUACUACCAGGCUGGACAGAGGGAGUAAGAAGUGAGUUAUUUAUCAAUUUAUGAGCACAGCUGAACACCACAGGUCAGGACCACUGUGACUAAGAUGAGCCACCAUUAAUCAUCUGUGCCACUCCGUGCUGGAGGAAGACGUGAGUGAGUCAGCAGGAAAAAAGUCUGUCCCUCCCUCCCUCCCUUCUCAAACCCAAACAGCACUAGGCUGCUUCUCAGCAGGAAACAAGCUCCUGCUUUGAGCUCCAGAGCAGGAUGCUGGGAGCUUUCAUCUGUCUGGUGUCACCUGCAUUACUCAUCUACCAAGAUGCCUCUUCCCCCAGGGAAUCUCACCUCAGCUUCAGUGCGGAAGUUUGGGUGUGCAUGAAUCAAUCAGGGGGCACCUUGAAUCACUUCAGAAAGCCAAUCUGAUGGACACGGAGGCCUUUCACCAGCAGACUCAGUUCACAUGAGACAGGAGGGCACAGGUAGGACAGGAAAAGGCUUUUAGCAUGCUGUAAAGGUGAGCAGCCCCUCAGAGACACUGCUCACCUUCAGCAAAGGCCACGCUGCACUGCUUCCAACCACAACCUCAAAUCACCAUCACAGGCAACCCUUGACCCAGGAAAUCCCUCUGGAGGGAACCAGGAGGCCAACUUGGCUGAGCCACCACAAACAGCAAUAGCCUUAAAAACAGCCUUUCUGCCCUGUUGGUUUAUACCCCAGAGAGCCCUCUCCAGAGCAGAGGAGGAGGUGGCAUGAUCCUGAGGCACAGAUGCUGGUGCAAAAUGACAGCCUCCCCAAGGAGCCUCCCUGCCUCUAGGACAUGGUUUUGGAGGAGUGCAGGUCUCACAGCAAGUUUCAGUGGGGUCUAAGCCUCGCUGGGGAACCCCAGGCUGUACACAGAAACUUCCUGGGCUCAGAAGGAAGAUCACAUUCAUCUCCAAAGCUGCCUCACAUUAUUACCAUAAAAAGAAGUUUAAAAAAACCCAACAAACCAAAGAACAGAUCAGCUCUUGUAUGAUCUCAGCUGUUCUCACCCCAUAAUCAGCAUUAAAAAGAAUUAAAACCAAGAUUAUCUUUCCUAGCAAGACUUUUCUUACUUAGAAGUACCUUGGGAGCUGCUACUGCCACAUGGCACCAGGCAGAGCAGCCUGGGCCCAGAAUCACCUACAAGACUCCAGAGGGAAGCGCUGUGCCUGGACACAAAACUUUCAGCACUGACAGGAACGAUCAGGGAGUGUCACCAUGUUGGUGGUACAUCCUUUAUGGCACAGAAGCUUUGAAAGGAAAAGCUCUCAGUACUCAGGCUCAGAGAGCAGCAGUUCUGCCCUACCCAGAGCCACCUAGGAGCCCCAGGAGAGGUAGUCAGGAAGUGACCAUGGCUCAGCCAGGAGCAGCACGCAGCAAUGCCAGCCCUGUUUUACCACAAAGCACAAAUGUUCCCAGCAAAAAAAAAUAUAAAUAAAUAAACUAUUAUAGAUAGAACAUAGAAUCCAGUACAUUCAUCCCCAAACUCUCCUGAGCACUUGUACCUCACCAGCCAGGCAGCCUGUGGUUAACAGCCUGCUGU